AGCCCCGGGCACGUUCGUUGCCGGCUCCGCUGCGGAGGGAGCACCAGCGAGGGCCGCCUACUCUCCUGUCCCCGUGUCGCGCCGCGUCCUGCCCGCUGUCAUGUCCAACUACAUCCACGUCCCGCCCGGCUCGCCGGAGGUGCCCAAGCUGGACAUCACGGUCAGCGAGCGGGAGGGGCCCGGCUAUCGCCAGGGCGCCCUGCAGCUCCUGCGCCGGCUGCGCCCGCACUGGAGACCCGAGGAGGUGACGCUGCAGCUGUUCACCGACGGGAUCACCAAUAAGUUGAUUGGCUGCUACGUGGGUGACACGACGGACGACGUGGUGCUGGUGCGGAUCUACGGGAACAAGACGGAGCUGCUGGUGGACCGGGACGAGGAGGUGAAGAGCUUCCGAGUGCUGCAGGCCCACGGCUGUGCCCCCCAGCUCUACUGCACCUUCAACAACGGCCUGUGCUACGAGUUCAUGCAGGGAGAGGCCCUGGACCCAGAGCACGUCUGCAAUCCUGACAUCUUCAGACUCAUUGCUAGACAACUUGCUAAAAUCCAUACUAUUCAUGCACACAAUGGAUGGAUCCCUAAAUCAAAUUUGUGGCUGAAAAUGGGGAAAUACUUCUCUCUCAUACCCACAGAAUUUGCAGAUGAGGAAGUAAAUAAAAGGUUCUUAAGGGACAUUCCGAGUCCUCAAGUUCUUCAGGAAGAAAUGGCCUGGAUGAAGGAGAGACUGUCAAACUUAGGAUCACCAGUGGUGCUCUGCCACAACGACCUGUUGUGUAAGAAUAUUAUUUACAACAAGAAAAGAGGUGAUGUGCAGUUCAUAGACUAUGAGUACUCGGGGUACAACUACCUGGCUUAUGACAUUGGAAAUCACUUCAAUGAAUUUGCAGGAGUAAAUGAGGUAGACUACAGCCUUUACCCCAACAGAAAAUUACAGGAGCAAUGGCUGAGAUCUUACCUUGAGGCCUACAAAGAAUAUAAGGGAUUUGGCACAGAAGUCAGUGAAAAAGAAGUUGAAGUUCUGUAUGUCCAAGUCAAUCAGUUUGCACUGGCCUCGCACUUCUUUUGGGGAUUGUGGGCUCUAAUUCAAGCCAAAUAUUCCACCAUUGAUUUUGAUUUUCUAGGGUAUGCAAUUGUUCGGUUUAACCAGUAUUUCAAAAUGAAACUGGAGGUCAUGACGUUAACUCUUCCUGAGUAAUGAAGAGGAGGACUCUUGCCAAGUGGAUAGACAACCCCUGAAUCUUUUCUGAGAACAGAUACUGGAAAAAAAGCUAAACAUUUGUUGAAGUGCUGUAAUGCUCACUUGGUGGUUCUUGCUUUAUAAAUAAUGCCUCUAGACAGUCCUUCAAUGUUAAAUUUAUUAUGAAGAACAUACGUACUGCUGUUGAUAUAAAACGGAUUAGAAACUUGCUAAAUCUAUAAAAAGUUGUAGAAAUGGCAAUUUAAUCCUUCUUUGUAAUUUAACAUAUGUUGUAUGUGAAUUAUUUAUUAUACGUUUAACAUGA